AUGGAACUAUAUGGUAUGGUUAUUUGUUCUACGGAACUAUAUGGUAUAGGUUAUUUGCUCUAUGGAACUAUAUGGUAUAGGUUAUUUGCUCUAUGGAACUAUAUAGAAUGGUUAUUUGCUCUACGGAACUAUAUAGUAUGGUUAUUUGCUCUAUGGAACUAUAUAGUAUGGUUAUUUGCUCUACGGAACUAUAUGGUAUGGUUAUUUGUUCUACGGAACUAUAUGGUAUGGUUAUUUGCUCUACGGAACUAUAUAGUAUGGUUAUUUGCUCUACGGAACUAUAUGGUAUGGUUAUUUGUUCUACGGAACUAUAUGGUAUGGUUAUUUGUUCUACGGAACUAUAUGGUAUGGUUAUUUGUUCUAUGGAACUAUAUGAUAUGGUUAUUUGUUCUAUGGAACUAUAUGGUAUGGUUAUUUGUUCUAUGGAACUAUAUGAUAUGGUUAUUUGUUCUAUGGAACUAUAUGAUAUGGUUAUUUGUUCUAUGGAACUAUAUGGUAUGGUUAUUUGUUCUAUGGAACUAUAUGGUAUGGUUAUUUGUUCUAUGGAACUAUAUGGUAUGGUUAUUUGUUCUACGGAACUAUAUGGUAUGGUUAUUUGUUCUAUGGAACUAUAUGGUAUGGUUAUUUGUUCUAUGGAACUAUAUAGUAUGGUUAUUUGCUCUACGGAACUAUAUGGUAUGGUUAUUUGCUCUACGGAACUAUAUGGUAUGGUUAUUUGCUCUAUGGAACUAUAUGGUAUGGUUAUUUGUUCUAUGGAACUAUAUGGUAUGGUUGUGUUUCUCCAGUGGAGUUCAUUACUCAUUGCUAACGGACGUUAGACUUAACACACAUAGUGCUUUUAACAAUGUAUUAGCAAUAGUUUUAACCAGUAUUUUAUUUGUUUUGGAUAAAUUGUGCAAUGAAUAAAGAUGUAAAACUAG